ACCUUGCUUCUCUUUCAGUGGAUAAAACUUCUUGUCUUUCCCGUCUCAACUAAAGUGCAAUAAUAUAUAGUGAAUUUUGUUAUUUAAAAUUGAAAAUGAGUUUAGAACAGACGGCGUGCGAAGAUUUGAAAGCCUUUGAAAGGCGUCUCACCGAAGUAAUACAAUCCAUACAACCUUCCACAAUAAGAUGGAGAGUUUUGUUGGCAUUUAUUUCUAUCUGCACAGCUGUUGGAGCCUGGCAGUGGCUUGUGGAUCCUGAAACUAUGCAAGUUUCUUUCCUGUAUUCCCUGUACAAUCACCUCUUCUUCACCAUUGCCUCACUACUGCUAGUGUUCUUAUUUGUGACUGGGAUCCACAAACGAGUAGUUGCCCCUUCAAUAGUAGCCUCAAGGGCCAGACAAGUAUUGACUGAUUUCAACAUGUCUUGUGAUGACACAGGCAAGCUGAUCCUAAAGCCGAGACCUUCAUCAUGAUGUGAUUAUCAUCGUACAUGACUAAUUGUUCCUUAUUUUGUAAAUUGGGAGAGAAUAGAAAACAUCCCUCACCAGCUAUUACUUCACAAGUUGCAACUGCUAGACCAUGUUUUAUUUCCAGCUUUUGGAUGAGAGCCUUCACGCAUGCGUCUUUCCGCGUUCCCAACACUAGCUGCCCACCAUGCACACGCAACAGAAUGGUAAGGGUAUCUCUCGUUGCUUUCCAUGAGUUUUUCAGUUCCGCUGGAAACGUUCUCGUAGUGUGGCAUGUGAAAGCUUCGCCGAAAGGAGUUAUAUAGCUUGUCUUCGUGAGCGACAUUUUUGGACUCAUUUUCGUCAUUCACCCAAACUAUCAAAUGUAAGGUAACAAAAACCUGUUAUUAAUGAUACAUCCACUUUGGAUGCUAAACCGCGCUUAUCCUGCAUCAUCAAAAAAAAAAGACAAAAAAAAAAUCGUUUACACACUUUAAUCGAAUUCUAUUGGGCGUUCGGUUGGCAUUGAUCGUUGUAAAAAAAAAAGACAUGUUUCAUCAGCCUCCAAAAGGAAAAGUUUACUCAUGCAAGUUUAAUGCAGGGGAUGAGUAUGUCAUAUUCGUCUGCGAGCGGAUCGCGUGUUCAAUCUAAUCAACAAGCUUUCUUUUUAUUCCUUGUCGUGCCGUCGGGAUGGAAAUAACGUAGUAUCGCGUAAGAAACAGGAAAGGCGCGACAUGGGUCUUUCCUC